GUUCAGUAGAUUGCCGCUCAUUUUGUCGAUGGCUUCCUUCCGUGUGCAAAAGGAGAGGGCCUUUUAUUCCAGUGAACUUGGCCUUGCAUCACCACGCGUUGAGUGAAAAUCUAUGCGAAAACAUCCUGAGAUGAAAACAAAGACUGGGACCCUGCACUUGGCCUGAGCCUGCCCACGUGCUUCACAUCCUAGGGUUCCAACCCGGGUUCCAGUGGACGUGGCGCUCGGCGUGGCCCCGUGUGACGUGACCGAGUACCAGCCGGAGGACAGCAACCUCUGCUGCCGGCUCUGCCCCGCUGGCCAGUACGUCUUCAAGCCGUGCAGGGUGAACCAUACCGCCGGCGAGUGCCACGUCUGUGAAUCGGGCACCUUCCUCGCCUUCCCUAAUGGCGAGCCUACUUGCCAGAGGUGCAUCCAGUGCCGGAAGGGAGAUCAGGAGGUGGUGGCCAAGUGCUCCCCCACCAGCGACCGGCAGUGUCAGUGCAAAAAGGGGAGCUUCUACUGCAACUCUGUGGACUGCGUGGAAAACUGCCUGCGGUGUAAAAGGUCCUGGGGGCACAGGCGUGGGCCCCUCCUGUCCUCCCAGUAGUACAGACCCCAGGCUCCCAGUGGUGGUGGAGACAGUCCAAACACACAGGCAGUGUCCUGGCGUUGUCCUGUCCCCUUGCAAUGCUACCAGCAACACGGUUUGUGCCACAGAAACUGACCGAGGGCAUCCAGAAAACAAACGUGGGUCUGAGUUCCUCGUGCUGUGGGCGACCCUUAGCGUCAUUCUUGGCGUCGCCGUCGUCGUCGUCAUCGUCCUUGUCGGUAUUUAUUUGUAUAAAAAGAAAGGUGUGCGGGUCUCCUACCAGCCGAUCGUCAGAUUGUUGAAGGGAAGGUCGGAUGGCCCAGGCGGCUUUCCACUGAGAAGCAAUUCGCAGCUUGAGACGGUGCGACCCGAGGCACCUGAGCGGGACAGGCCGGCCCCCGGCACAGAAACCCAGCCCGCGGAGGAGGAGAGCCUGGCCUUGAUGCCCAAGGCCAGGCCCCACCCGGGGCCCUCAGGGGAGCCCGAGGAAAGCCCUGAGCUGCAGGCCAUGGUGGUCGGAGGAAGCCCGGUGGUCCAGGAGCAGACGUUAGAAGCCUCUGCUCCUGCCGCUCCGGAGCCCCAGGACGGGACCCAGGCGUCCCCUUCGCUCAAGAGUCUAGAGGAGCGAUACAAAAAGGAAUAUUUUGUCAAGGAUAACUCCAAAGAAGCUACCACUAGCAUCCAUUAUGAGUUUGUGAAGAGCAGCACAGGAAACGACUGGAAGAUGUUCAUGAGGUUAAUUGGUCUGGAUGAGAUGGACAUUGACUCUUGCGAAUGCGAGAAUCCAGGCAAUUUGAUGGAACAGCGUCAUAAGAUGCUCUUUACGUGGCGAAAGAAGCUGGGAAAGGAAGCUUCUGUUUUUAAACUCCUGGCUGCCCUCCAUAAACUGGGGCUUCAAAUGUAUUUGCAAAACAUUAUAAACAACUUAGUUGCCGAAGGUAUUUUAGGCAGGCAUGUAGGGACCUCCGACUAAAGUGAAGUUUUGGCAUUGGAUUAUGCCUUCAAGCAGGACUUCAAAUGGACUGGAUGUGAUCUUCUUGCCCAGGUCUAUCCUAUUAGGAAUUGUUUGAGUCCCAGGUGAAGUUGUGUGCGUUCUCUGAAUUGAUUUCUACAGAACAUUUCCAUCAGGGAGGUCAGUUUUACGUGCCAGUCGAGAGAGUUUCCCUGCAAGGGACCGGGAGCUUCAGAGACUGCCGGUGGGGACGUCCUGCGGGGACUGGGGAUUCCAGCAAGUUGUGGACUCUUGGCAGAAGGAUCCACUUACUGUGUCGGCUUGAUUCACAUUCCUCAGCCCUCUUCUGGGUGCUGAAGCCAGGAGGGUUUGACUGUUUCUGCCAUGGCCUGCACCGGGUCCAAGUCACUGCGAUGUCCCCAGGACCUAGAACGGGGUGCCAUUGUGACUGAGUGCUCUGUGAGUGUGAACAGCUCAGUGACCAGGAACCUGUACCCGGCAGCUGCAUGAGACCAUCUCAGGGCUUCAGCUGGAGGCCUAGACCCCGGCCUGCUUUUUAAAAAAAAUUUUAAGGGGUGCCUGGGCGGCUCAGUCGGUUGAGCAUCCAACUUCAGCCGGCCCAGGUCACAAUCUCACGGUUUGUGGGUUC